AUGGAUCCCUGGAAAGUGUUGGUCUCCUGGCCUGGUCUUAUCAUUGAACUCAUGGUACUCCUUGUUAGCAUUGCUCUGCAUCGUUAUUAUUUGUCCGACUUGUCGGAUGUUCCGGGCCCGUUCUGGGCAUCUAUUACUCGGCUCUGGCACGUGUGGUAUAUCCUCGAAGGAAGACAGAACUUGCGUCUCAAGGCUCUCCAUGAGAAACAUGGACACUUUGUUCGCAUUGCCCCUAAUGAGGUCAGUGUUAGUCAUCCAGAUGCAUCCACGUUGCUUCUCCGUCCAAAUCUACACAAGGGUGGCUGGUAUCGUGUAACAGCGGUCCCCGACUUCCGAUUCCAGAAUCCCAUGUCAGCGACAGAUCCCAAGAAGAAGAUAGCUCUUUCGAAGCACUUCGCUCCGGGUUAUGCUCUGUCACAAGUUCUUAAAUCGGAGCCGGACAUCGAUGAGAACAUUGGGGGCUUGCUCUGUUGGAUGGACAUGUACGCGGAAAACCAGGAGCCGAUGAAUCUAGACAGAUUCAUAACAUACACGACAUUUGACAACAUAGGUUCUGCCUUCUUCUCGGAGUCGUUUGGCUUUAUAAAAGCAGGACGCGAUAUUGGCGGGACACUAAGGAACAACGUAGCGUUAAGCAAGUUUGCAGCGGCCGCGGGUUUCUUCAUAGUCCCUUUGCGUAUCCUUGUUAAUCCCCUUAACAGUCGGAUUUUGCUUCUACCUAUGGGCCAGCUCUUUAAAACUACGUCGGCCGCUAUUAAGAAGCGAAUGAACAAUGCUGAUGCUCGUUAUGAUAUGCUCUCGCAUUGGCUAGAUGCCAACAAGAAGAAUCCUGACAAGUUGAGCCUCCGGGGGAUCGAGGCGCAAGCUAAUGUCAAUGUUGGAGCAGGCGCAGAACCAGUUUCCUCCGCGAUUCAGAGCUUUGUUUAUCACAUGAUCCAACAUCCCGAAGCAUGGCUAAAGGUCCGUACCGAGAUUGACGCCGCCCAAGCUCGAGGUUUAUGUCUGGACCGCGUUGUUUCGUUCCAUGACGCCGAGCAGCUGCCUUAUUUCAAAGCUUGUAUCAAAGAAGCGUUGCGCAUUUUUAGUCCUACGACCAUGGGCCUGCCUCGCAUAGCGCCAAAAGACGGGAUCACUAUCGCUGGCCGCCAUUUUCGAGAGGGGACGAUUUUAAGCGUUUCUUCGCAUGUGGUACAUUCAUCGAAGGAGAUCUGGGGAGCCGACGCCCACGAGUGGAACCCAGAACGUUGGAUGUCAGGAGAUACGAAGGAGCUGGUAAAGAACUGGUUGGUAUUCUCCGCUGGAUACAACGAAUGUCCGGGACGUCACUUUGCGAGAAUGCAAAUAUUGAAGACAGCAGCCUCCUUGGUGCGUGAUUACGACAUUUGUCAGGUUGACUCUAAGAACGUGUGGAAGUACCAGGCCAAUUUCACAGCUCUGGCACACUCGUGGCCCGUCUAUGUUCAGAAGAGGGGAGGUGCGAGCGAGAAGAUUUAG